AUGGCUGCUGUGUUUGUGCCGCCGUCUCCUCAACCCUCCCUGAACAUGUCGACUCGCCGCCCGCUCGCCAACGUGCCGAAUGCUACCAACUCUCCCCAUCGGGCCGGGCUCGUGCCAGCCAAACGAGCAAGAUCCGGUCAAAUUGAGAUUCCAUUUGGCCAGCCGCCGCCAAAGAAACAGGUUAUGGACGCGGCAGAGCAGGAUCGAAGCCGACUCAUUUUACACCAAGGCACUGAAUCCAAGUUGUUUGCGCGUCGGAGCAACAACGCAAACCCUAGUGCAUUCGAAAAGAAGCUGGUGGCUGCGAGAGAAAAGGAAAGAAUGCCUCAACCAAAGCCAUCUAGAACUGAGAAGCCUUCAGCGGAUACUAUGGAUACAAUUCGACAAUGGCAGCGGCACUACCGUAAGGCGUUCCCACAAUUUGUCUUUUACUUCGACAGUAUCCCCGAGGAUGUUCGCCGCAAAUUCUCGCGCCAGGUUGUUGCUCUUGGAGCUAGCGAGGAGAAAUUCUUCUCACGUCUCGUGACCCAUGUCGUUACUUCACGCCCUAUCCCCCCAGAAGCUGUUGCUACUACGAGUCCGACCGAGGAGCCCGUCACCAGGACAGAGGGAGCCAAUGGCGAAAACAUGCAGACUGUGAAUCCAUCGCUUCUGGAGAAGAAUGCCGAUUCCCACUUACACGUCUCGCUGAAGACUGAAGCACGUCGUGACCAAGGAAACAUGGAUGUUCUGCAGAGAGCCCGCCAGAUGGGUAUGAAAAUUUGGGCCUUGGAAAAGCUUCAGCGCAUGAUCACCACAAUCAAUGACAACGAUAUCGGUGGUCCAAAUGAAAGUGCCUCUCGAAGCAAGAAUGUCGGUGGUAGCACUACCCACGGUCGUGGCGAGAACGAUCUCUCCCGCGUUCUUCGACAAGAACUCCUGAAUGGACCAUCUGAUCGGGACCCAUUUGCCUCAAUGGAGAUGGUGAUGUUCAAAGGGCCUUUCAUCUACAUUCACGAUAUGAACGAGAAGACCAAGCCAGUGAUGGUGCGCGAAUACGCUCGAGUAAACAAACGGCAGGAUGGUGCUUGGCCCCAAUUUCGAAGUGCCCCCCUAGGCAAAUGCCCUUUCAUUGACGAACCCCCAAGCCGAAAGGAGUAUGACCGUCAGCGGAUACGUCAAGCUCAAAAAGAGAAGAAGGCUGCAGUUCAGAAAGUGGAGGACUCUCGCAGCAAGCCCUCGACAGCUGUUCCCGCAGAACGGCCUGUUGAGAACAAACUCGUUACAGAUCUUUCCAAACCCAAGCGCCCAGAGGAUCCAUCUACUGCAAACCCUGUGGUCGUUUUUACGAAGCCAGUGUUUGAAGAUGGUCAUGAACGCAAGAGCUCAGAAAGCUUGAUUCCUCCCCAUUUCCCUCGCACUGGACCAUUUUAUACCGGUCGUGAACCUGCUGCAUCUGGCGUACAGCCGUCCAAUGUCACUUCAGCCAUCCGGUCUCAAAUGAUCUCAUCUACCGCUGCCGCACCCGGUGCUAAAGCAGGAUUGAGUAAAGAAGUCCACGGACUGAAGAGGAAGGUCCUUGAGAAAGGCACUGGCAGUAUCGUGACUGGAUCAAUGGCCGCACCCCAGCGUCCUAGCACUGGAUCUGCAUCCUUCUCUUCCAAGCAGAACGAUUCUAACAAAACUGCUGUUCUUGAGAAGAAUGGCCACGGAGAUGUCCACCAAAUGGAAGGAGCUGGAACUAAGCGGCGACGGGACGAACACAAUGAUACCCAACCACAGAAACCUGAACGACGGAGAGACCCGAAGCCCGGCUAUUGUGAGAAUUGUAGAGAUAAGUUCGAUGACUUUGAAGAGCACACCAUGACAAGAAAGCACCGCCGGUUCGCCCAAAAUGUAUCCAACUGGGGUGAACUCGACGCCUUGCUAUUCGAGAUUCAACGACCUCUGAAGGAAGAAUACGAAUUUGACGAGUAA